UGUGUUAUUAUCCGUGUGUUUACUUAACGUUUAUGGAUCACACCGCAUGCGACGGUCGAGAUGAGAAAGGUGUUGGUGUCAAUAUUUUGAGUAAAAAAUAUUGUCAAAAAAUGAUAAUAAGUUUUAAGAAAUAUGAAUCAAAUAUAUGUACAAUUUUUUUUCAAUCUGCUGCUGUCAAUAUUAAACAUUACAUUUGAUCUGUACAUUCGUGUUUAUGUUUGCGCAAUUACGGAUUUGGCAUAGCAGCGCCCCCUGAUGACAGAAAGAUUCUCAUUAUUUUCAUGCCGCGGGGUAAGCAAUAUGAUAGCAGUUGAAAAUUGACAGCUAAAAUUAAGUUAACCUUUAAAUGUAGAUUUAGUGCAUUAUAAUAUGUCUCAAGAUAGAGGACAUUUCAAAAGUAGGAAGGGAUAUGGAAACUACAAAAAUAAAAAUAAAGUAAACGUUGGAGAUAUAGGUAGACAGGUGGCAGAAAGUUUAAAUGAAAACAGUUUAGUAAUACAACAGUUUCGUAAGUACGCUGCAGAAUUAGAUGCAAAGCAUGACAAGUAUGAAAAAAUAGUGAAAGUUAGUCGAGAUAUCACAAUUGAAAGCAAACGAAUUAUUUUCUUACUCCAUACUCUUGACAAAGAAAGUAAAAGAGACACUAUACUGAGUGAAGCAGAGAAAAGAUUGAGUAGUCUUAUUGAAGUGAUGUUUAAAAAAGUAGCAUUAGAAUUAGAAGGAGAAGAUCCCUACAUGUACUUGCGAGCUUAUCGUGCAGGCUUUCAAGAAUUUAUUGAGGCUUUAACAUUUUUCUGGUAUUUAAAAGAUAAAUCACUUCAUGGUUGGGUAAAAGUAGAAGAUUCAAUGAAAUAUACAAUUAAAGAUCUAAUCCCAAAUUCAACUGAUGAUAAGAAAGACAAUCAAGAAUGUGAUAUUGAUGCAAAUAUUCAAGAAAGUGAUAAUAAAUCAGGCAUUCAAGAAAGUAUUAAUGAUACAAGUAUUGAAAGACAGGUACAGGUUCUAGUAUCACCAGUAGAGUAUAUUUUGGGAAUAGCUGAUCUCACAGGAGAACUGAUGCGAAAAUGUAUAAAUAAUUUAGCAACUGGUGACAUUGACAAUUGUUUUGAAACAUGUAAUUUUGUUAGGAAAAUGUAUACAGGCUUCUUAGGAUGUUCUGGUGCUGGAAGAGAAGUAAGCAGAAAAUUAUAUACUUUAAAACAAAGUUUAACUAAAAUGGAAAAUGUGUGUUACACAAUUAAAGUGAGAGGUUCUGAAGUUCCAAAACAUAUGUUAGCAGAUGUAGCUGUAAUGAGUUGCACAGGUGAUACAUCAUUAGAUGAUGAUGAGGGUUAUCAAGUGAAUUAAGUAUAAUUUGUAAGAUUUCAUAUUUAUAUUAUAAAAAUAUAUCCUUAUCUGAAAAAUUUUUGUAUAAUUCUAUAUUGUAUUUUACUAAGUUCCUAGUUAUUUUUAGUUUUUUUCUUUUUC